AGGGGAGGAGCUGGCGGCGGCAUGAUCGGGACCGUCCUCUAUUACGUGCUGCUGCCCGUGGCGCGGCUUCUGCAAGCUUUACGAGAUGGUUUUUUUACAUGGCGGAAGAAUGCACUUCUGGUGAAUACAGCUGCCCAUAUAGAAGGCCUUUCUGUUCCAGUUUGUGGGAAGCCAGUUUCAGAGGAGCAGCAAGUCCUGCUGCAGCAGUGGCUGGAGGAAGAAGCUGGGGAACCACACAUCAAUGACAGCAUUUCAGAAACAGAGAAGGUGUCAGCCACUUUGGCUGCUGAGUGGCUGGAAGGCCCACAGCUACUGAUGACGAGCUUAAGUGAUUUGAAUGUGGACCCACAGUCUGAUGGCCAAGAGCAGCAACAGGUGGUUCAGAAUGAAAUUACUUCCGGACUACAGGAAUUUGUAGAAACUGCAUUAGCAAAUUUACCACUAGAGGAAAAAGAGGUCACAGAGGACAAUGCUGUAUGGGCAGCAUUAAGGACCCAGGCUAAUCCUCAGAUUGUUGACGAUGCACCUCUGUCCGCAGAAGUAUGGAUUGAAGACCCUGCUGUGUUAGCUUGGAGUCCUGCUCAGGAGACUGAUGUGGCGAUGACAGAAGGAGGAGCAUUGCCUUUUCAGAAUACAGAUCAAUUUCAGCCCCUCCCAGCAGAGAUACCUUAUCAUGAGAUUCUGUGGAGGGACUGGGAAGAUAUUUCUGCUCAGGCUUCUAUCUCAGAGCCAGGCUCAGAGGCUGGGUCUUUAUUUGAAUUCAGAGUCAUGUCCUACAAUAUUCUGGCUCAGGACUUGAUAGAACAAAGUCCUCAUCUUUACAUGCAUUGCCAUCCAGACAUUUUGAGCUGGAACUAUCGUCUCGCAAAUCUCUUACAGGAGAUCCAGCACUGGGAUCCUGAUAUUCUUUGUCUCCAGGAGGUUCAGGAGAAUCACUAUUGGGAGCAGCUGGAACCAACUCUUGUGAUGAUGGGCUUUGCUUGCAUCUACAAGCGGCGGACAGGAAGAAAGACAGAUGGUUGUGCAAUCUGCUACAAGCAGAGCAUGUUCCAGUUAAUCAGCGCUAACCCUGUUGAAUACUUCCGGCCUGGCUUGGACAUCCUCAACAGAGACAAUGUUGGUCUGGUGCUACUGAUGCAGCCUUUACUCCCAGAGAGCUUGGGAGACAAGGCAAUCAGACCCUUGUGUGUGGCAAACACUCAUAUUUUGUACAAUCCCCAUCGGGGAGAUAUCAAACUGGCCCAAAUGGCUCUGCUUCUGGCAGAGAUAGACAAGACUGCAAAACUGAUUGAUGGCAGUUACUGCCCCAUCAUCUUAUGUGGAGACCUAAAUUCGGUGCCUGACUCGCCAUUAUACAAGUUUAUCAGAAAUGGCCAGUUGUACUACCAUGGGAUGCCAGCCUGGAAGGUGUCUGGGCAGGAAGAGGUCUGUCAUCAUCCGCAUCAGCGGAAGCUACCGACUCCACUGUGGCCCAGCUGUCUAGGUAUAACUGAUGGUUGCCAAUAUGUCACUCUUUGCAAAAUGAAGAAGUCAGAUAAGCUCAAAUAUAGCCGUGAUUUCUUGCUUCAGUUCCGUUACUGUGAUAUCGCCUGUGAACGACCUGCAGAGUUGGCCCUGUUGGAAGGGGUGACGGAUGCCAAACCAGAACGUCCUGCACAUUGGUCUAAGGAGCUCUUUGUGGAGAAUAACUCUGAUGCAGAAAUGUUCUGUUCCAGAUAUCCAGGCAGUGUCCAGCAUGGCUUGAAUUUGGCCUCUGCUUAUAGCCAUUUCCUGCCUCAGAAAGGCCGCCCUGAGGUUACAACUAUGCCAAUGGGUAUGGGAGCUACAGUUGAUUAUAUCUUCUACUCAGCAAAUCCAAUUAGCAAUGAGAAUGUAAGAGGUCGCAGGAUGUACCAAGAUGGAGCCCUAAAACUACUUGGCCGCCUGUCCCUCCUCUCUGAAGAUAUCCUUUGGUCAGCAAAUGGCUUGCCUAACCCUUUCUGUUCAUCUGAUCAUCUCUGCCUGUUGGCCAGCUUUGGCUUAGAGAUCUCUGGCUUCUGAUCAUAUGCUAGACAUCUAGAACUCUCACAAGAGUUGCUUUGAAUGGGAAAAUCAUGCCACUGAAGGUUGCAUCAGUUAACAAAAAAGAGAGAGAGAGAGAAAAUCAGCUACCUCCCCCAUCCCUUCCUUUUCCUGCCUUUUGAGUUCCUUUGUUAUUCUUUCCCAUGCAUCUUUUUCAUAAGAAAAAGCAUUGGAUUCAUUUCUAAUGCUGCAGUUCUACACUGGGCUUCUCUGGCAGUUUGCUUGCCUGCACUCUGGCUUGCACCAUCUUUUAAAGGACAUUCUGCCAGCAGACUUGACAUUUGGUAGGCUUGCUGUUAGCCAUCACUAUCCAAAAAUCACCAGGACUUGUGCACCUUGUUAGCGUUCCAAAGGAGAGCAAGAGAAGAAUGGACUUGUGGGUUUUUAUUGUGACUCCUGCUGCAAACUGAUUUUUCAUCGCACUCAGGCCAGAAUGGUUUUCUGCAAGUGUUCAAAAUAGUUUUUUUGUGGUGCUGCUGCUUGCAACCUUAAGGGUGUUAACUGACUGGUUAGUCCUUCAAAUUAGCUUGGAGAGAAUCAAAGCAAUUUAAGUGACUUUGUACGCAGAGAGUUUCUAUCAGGCCAGACUUCAACUCUUCUGCAUGAACUGACAUUCAGAACCCUUCAGCUUUAAUAAUAUUUCCCCCCCUCUGCCUGGAGUGUGCUAUUCCAUUUUAUAGCAGUGUUCUUCAGAUGGCUACAUUUCUCCUUCAUCUAUCAGCUCAGGAUAUUUCUGAAACCUCUGCUGGUGUCUAGAGUUGCAGGGAAGAAAGGACUGCUAAAACUGAUUGUAGAUGAAUGCUGCUUUUGUUGUUUUGGUUUUAGCUGGCUUUAGCUUGGAAGCCACACUGUCAGGUACCUCGAGCUAAGCCUAGCAAUUGCUGCUAAUUUAUAUUAUUGAGGAAUUUUGAAAGGAGUUAUACAGUCAGCCUCAAGUCAUUACCUUGAUCCAUGGAAACCACAGCAUCUAAUUUUAGCUAUAAGUGUGGGCCAUGGCAUAACUUCUUUAUUCUAGAGGAUGCAUUGGGAGUUUUCAGGAUUUGUAAUGUUUUCUUAAAUUUGAAAAAAUAAAGUUUUAUAAUUUCAGGAAAA